AUGGUGUCGACGAAAACAAGUUCAUUGCUUCUAGUCGCUUUAACCUCUUUACUAUCAAAAGUUAAUGCUGCUGAUGAAGAUACCACGUCCUACGAUGGAACCACAGUUGUUACAGUUACUCCACAGGCCACUGCCACAACUACAGUACCACAAGUUGUAGAGGAAAAUGGUGUUGUAUACAUAUGGACCAACGAAGAAGGUGUCUUGACUACAACUACGGUAUUCACUCAAACUACAACUUUAGCUGCUGCUGAAGCCACACCAACUGAUGAUGACGAUGAUUCGACAGCUGAAACUACUGUUACUACUCCAACUGACGAUACUUCGAGCAGUGCGCCAACCGCUGAAUCAACUUCGCCAAGUACAACCUCAUCUAUUUCAACCACUUCUGCAUCACCACCGCCAACUUCAUCGAACGUGUCAUCUACUGCCAAAGAGACUGGAGAUUCAGACUCCCCCUCAUCAUCCUCCUCCCCAACGGAGCAAAACUCUUCAUCAGAAGAUAAAACUCCAUCUUCAACAGUUGAAGAUUCUUCGUCAUCAGCUCCAGUCACUUCCGCCGCCUCUGAUGCUCCUUCAGCUUCACUUGCCGCUGGAAACAGUGUAAUCAUUAUUCCAACCGAUGUUCCUGAAGGUGAUUACGAAACCAAGACUAUAACAACAGAUACUGUAUUGGAAAAUGGUGCAACCGCGGUAUUGGAAUUGGUUGUUUUAUACACAUCUGUUUGUGCUGCUUAA